GGGUGUCUCUGGUACAUCUCCACUGCCAUUAACAGUGAAUAGCUCCUUGUUUUGGAAGACGCUACUGAUUGAAGGCUCAAAACAUGGUGUGGGGUCUGUUUCCCGUUGACCCACUUUCAGGUGAAGAUAGUUACUAUAUCUUUGCUAAAGGCACAUACAAAGUGGGUCGUAAAGGUUGUGAUGUAAUUGUUAAGAAAGACAAGGGAGUAUCCCGGAUCCAUGCAGAGAUAAUUGUUGAUUCAAUGAUUUCCCUAGAUCCACAGUGGAAUAAAUCUUCUAACGUAUCCUCCAAUGUUCGGAUAAGAGAUUGCUCAAAGUAUGGGACAUUUAUUAACAAGAAUCUUGGCUCAAAGGAAAAACUUCAUGAGUUCCCAAAUAAGGAAACAACUCUAAAAGAUGGGGACUUGGUUUCAUUUGGCACUGGUAAUGCAACCUACAGGUUUGGUUUUGUCCCGCUCAUAUUUUUUGUUUAUCGCUCAGAGCCUUUCCAAAUGAAUCAUUCUCUUCAAGAUAAAAUUUCAUCAAUAGGCGCUUCUGUUACUCGUGCAUGGAGUUCAGAGUGCACACAUGUGCUUGUUGAUCAGUUCAUGCUGGUGAAAGAAGAUUUAGUUGAUAUUUUCUUGGCCAAGAAGCCUCUUGUCCUUAAUGAUUGGAUUGAGUUUGUUGCAGAAAAGAAUAUUCGAAAUGAAAUUCCAAGCUGCAAUGACUAUGUUCCAACCUUGACAUGCGGAGGCGUAUCUGUCAAAGUUGGCGACUCUAUAUCUAGAGAAAACUGCUUGAAAGGAUGCACUUUUUUGUUGGAACCUGCACACAAGUACAACUUUGGGGAUAGGUUGCAGUCACUAUUGGAAGCAAGUGGUGCCAAGGUUGAUUCGAUUGAUGGAUUGUCUUCAAGAAGCCAAGGCUUGGAGGGAGGAGAAAAUAAUCGGGUGGUGCAUGUAAUCCCUGCAUGUUCAGCAGACAAGUUUGAUUCCUUCCAUAACCACAGAUCUGUAUCAAGUGUGAAAGAGAUGAAUUUGAUUAGUGCUGUUAUAUCUGGACAUCUGGAUCCUUCUACUAUGAUAUCGCCACCUGUACUUGUCUCAUCUUCAUGCUCCACAGAUGAGACUGUAGUAGCAGAUUCUGAUGCAGAAGUUGAAACAGCCACAUCAAGUCAUGCCAAUUCUGCUGCCCACACUAAAGAAGUCUUUAAGUAUGAUAGCAAAGGGGAGAUAUCUGUAGUAGCUGAUUCUGAUGCAGAGGUUGAAACAGCCACAUUAAUUCAUGCCAAUGCUGCUGCCUGCACUACAGAAACCAUUAAAUAUGAUAGCAAAGGGGAGAUAUCUGUAGUGGCUGAUUCUGAUGCAGAGGUUGAAACAGCCACAUCAAUUCAUACCAAUGCUGCUGUGCGCACUGCAGAAGACAUCAAAUAUGAUAGCAAAAGGGAGAUAUCUAUUGGUCAGGCUGCUAAUGCAUCAGAGACUGGCCACAUGACACAUUUUAGACAAAGGAAUGAUGGUGUAAAAACAAGACGAGACAAAGUUGAUGAAUCUGAAAGUGGAAAUCCAGAUGUUUUAUACAGUCAAGAUUUAAUUGUGAGAGAUAUUAACUUGCUGACAUCAUUUUCUUCAACAAAAAAUAGAAUUGUAAAUUUCAAAUGCUUCAGAAAGGCAAAGACUCAAUCUGGGAAUAGCUUCAACAAUCUUAUUCCAUUUGCAAAGUACCCAUACAAAGAAUCUGACAAUGGGAGUGAUGAAGUAAUGCAAUCUGUGAAAGAAGAAAAAAAGCGGAAGCAAAUGGAAGCAAUUGCAGAAGAUUUAUUCAACAAUGAGAAGGGGAGACGACGAGGAGUAGCUGGUUCUCUUGCUGGCCUUCUUACUCGUGGUCGAUGAAAGGUUGUUAACAUUGCACUAUGGUAUCUAGUUUGGUUUAAGGUCCAGCAAACCAGAUAUUUUCUUACUCUCAUCACACAUCUGGAGAUGAACUGGAGGGGGUGCUCAACAGGAUGUACAGAAUUUUGCAUGUUAUGUUGCUCUGAUCCUGUAAUAUGGUGCUGGACAAAAAUGUAGAUCUUCCAGUUUUGAAGGGCUGCAGCACAUUGGUGGAAUCUUUGCUGCAAGUAGUAUCACAGAGUUUGAUUGUUAUUUCCACAGUCCUUUCCAUCUGUUUCAAAUUAUGGUUUGAAAGUAGUUAGCUUGAUGUUUUCCCAUGCCAAGAGGGCUUAUUUAUUCUUGAUGUCUUCCAAGUCCUUUUACUCCUCUCCAUCUUACUUUCUGUGAUAUGGAGAAGAGUUAAUUGUAGAGUUUCCUAGUGAAUGUUAUGCUUCCUAACAGGUUUGUCCAGGGCAACAAGAAGUUUAAGAGUUUUCCUGAGUAUGCUUAAUUUAGGCUCUAUGUGCUUAACAGAAUGGAGCAAAUUUUGAUCUAAUGAUGGGAAAUGAUACAAUUAAAAUUAGAAUACCA